UUCUCAUGCCGGGAGGCUUUUGCUUUUGUUUGUUAGUUUGCUUUUUCUUUUCUCACAAACUGCAUUAAUGUUCAUAGACCGUCAGCGGGAGGGCACGAGGAAGCAGCUUUCUCCGGACUUUUUCCUCUGCUAACGGUAGAGGUUGUGAGAUCUUCGAUGUUUUCCAGGGGACAUGGUCCAGACUGGAACAGAGGAAGAGCCACAUACCGCCAAUCAUAAGGAGGCGCUGUCGGUGGUGAGUGAGGACCAAUCUCUGUUUGAGUGUGUCUACAGCGUGGCCCAGCAGGCCAAGCCAGACAUGACAGCAUCAGCAGUGAGUGAGUAUGGCCAGAGUAAGCUGAGUCCCAGAGCAACACAGCAGGACUGGCUCACCCCUCCACCUGGCCGUGUCACCAUCAAGAUGGAGUGCAGCAAUGGAGGAGGAGGAAGUAUAGGAGGAGGAGGCGGAAGAGUGGGUCAGGUGAACGGCUCAAGGACCUCUCCAGAUGACUGCAGUGUGGGUAAAGGAAAGAUGGCAAGUGGAGGCGAUGCUGCUCCUAUGACCUGCAUCAGCUACAUGGAGGACAAACAUGCUGCCCCGCCCAAUAUGACAACCAACGAGCGCAGAGUCAUUGUACCUGCAGACCCGACACUAUGGACACCAGAUCACGUGCGUCAGUGGCUGGAGUGGGCUGUAAGGGAGUAUGGCUUGCUGGAGGUGGACGUCUCGCUCUUCCACAACAUUGAUGGCAAGGAGCUCUGCAAGAUGAGCAAAGAGAACUUUCAGCGACUCACGCCCAGUUACAAUGCUGACAUCCUACUGUCUCAUCUGCACUACCUACGGGAGACUCCACUUCCCCAUUUGACUUCAGACGAUGUUGACAAAGCCUUGCAAAACUCGCCACGGUUAAUGCAUGCACGUAACACAGGAGGUGCAAGCUUCAUCUUCCCCAAUGCUCCUGUCUACCCACCUGACACUCCGAGAGCCCCUGCAAGACCAGAUUUGUCUUAUGAAGCUGCAAGACGAUCUGCAUGGCCACCCCAAUCAGCAUCAACUAAUAAAGUUGCACAGUCCUCACCCGCCAUUGUCACCAAAACAGAGGAGCAGAGGCCACAGCUUGAUCCAUAUCAGGUUUUGGGUCCAACAAGCAGCAGACUGGCAAACCCAGGCUCGGGCCAAAUCCAGCUGUGGCAGUUCCUGCUGGAGCUGCUCUCAGACAGUGCGAACUCGAGCUGCAUCACAUGGGAGGGCACUAAUGGUGAGUUCAAGAUGACAGACCCGGACGAGGUGGCUCGCCGCUGGGGAGAGCGUAAGAGCAAGCCCAACAUGAACUAUGACAAGCUGAGCCGUGCUCUGCGCUACUACUAUGACAAAAACAUCAUGACCAAAGUGCAUGGCAAACGUUAUGCCUACAAGUUUGACUUCCACGGCAUUGCCCAGGCCUUACAGCCUCAUCCUCCUGAGUCAGCCAUGUACAAAUACCCUUCUGAUCUGCCCUAUAUGAGCUCCUACCACCCCCAUACCCAGAAAAUGAACUUUGUCUCACCUCACCCUCAAGCACUGCCCGUCACAUCUUCCGGCUUCUUUGGUGCGCCAAACCCUUACUGGAACUCACCAGGAGCCGGCCUCUACCCCAGUCCACGCCAUCCAGCCACCCACAUGCCCCCUCAUCUCGGCACCUAUUACUAGGUGUGGGCAGAAAAAUCACAGCAUCUCUCCUGAGUUGAACUGGAGCUCCCCCAAGAGGCUGAAAAUAGCAGCUUCGUGCUGAGCCAGGGAACUGGAUACAGAGGUGUAAUUUUCUACACAGGAGGAGGAAGUAAGACACGGAGGAGGCACACAACAACAAAAACCUAAAGAAACCAAAAUUUGAUAAGAUGUUGUAACCAAUAAUUUUUUUUGUUAUAGGAGGUUCUCAAUUACAUUUACAACGGUGAGUCUAAAUUGCCUCAGAUUAUGCAAAGAAUGCAAACUAACAAUGCAAACAAAAGGUCUCGCACAAAUUAAAUAUAAUACAAGAAAUAUUUGAAGGUCAGGUAGCUUGUAAAUGCUCCCUGGAAGGCUGGCAAAGAUGGCCUCUUCACACAAUGCCAGCAUAUUCAAGACUGUAAGGUCAGAAGCAGUGAAAGAGGACAAGUGAAAGAGGAUAAGUUGCAUUCAUGUAAAAAGGGCUUUUAAUUUACCAAAGACAAAAAAAUGUAGGUGCAUGAAAUGUAUUAAUCUAUAUGUUUUAAGUAUUAAACUACCUUAAGUUGAACAAACAUAUCAGAGAAAGUUAGUAAGUUGUAAAUGAAUUAAGUUGUAAAUGAAUUAAAACAGGUGGGUAAGCUGUGAAAGUAAGAGAAAAGUAUAGAGAGAAAACAAGAAAAAUGUUAAGUAUUAGUUAAGUAUUGGAGGGAAUGUAAAGUAAAGUAUUAAGUAUUAAUGCUUUGAAUAUAAACUGCCAUAUUUAUCAGUUUUAUACUACACAGUAGUUCAUAUGGCAUUACAGAGAGAAAGAGAAGGAAUAUUUACUUUAUUGGUCAUUUUCCAUAAAGGGAAGGACCAUGAAAAUGAGCUUGUAAAAAAAAAAAAUUAUACUGGAAAUGGAAAGAUUCUUUAAAUGAUUUAAAUGACCUCAGACAUUUUUAGACAGAGGUGGAUUAUUGAAAUCAGCGCCUUAUUGAAGAAGCUCUUCACACAUUGGUGGAGGUUUUACCAAAGUACCAGUUUAUGUGUUGUUAUUAUUUUCUGAGUCGCGAACGCUGUGCGUUUGUUAGAUUGAACUAUACAUUUCAGUGUUAUAUUUCAUUUUAUAUGACAAAUAUAUAACUUAUGCAUUUAAACACUACGAGUUGAUCUCAGCCAGCUAAAUACAGACAUUUAUAUGAUAGUUUUAAAACAUGAAAAAAAAACAUGGACCAAAUUUAGCAAAAGUAAGUGAACAGCUGUGGCCUUUAAACUUUAAGCUCUAUAUAUGAUUGUUUACAAAUAUAAGCCAUGUGCACAAAUGUCAAAUGAAUUGUUUGUGAAAGCUGGUCUGGUUUGGCAUUCAGGCCUGUCUCAGUGUUAGCAGCAUUUACAGAAUUGAGUGAAAAUAGAUCUGUAAAAUCUCUAACACCUGAACAACUGGACUGAUGCUCUGAGAUUGCUGACAAAUGAAGGAAAGCAUGCUUUCAUAAAUUAUAUGAUUUUCUACUGAGUAAAAUUUAAUAAACUAUUUUAAAACCAAA